ACUCUGAUAAAUACGAGACCAGAGCACCUGGACACUACUACAGUUGUAGCUCAUCCAGCAGUCACGAUGAAGGCACUGCUCAGCAUCGUCCUCGGUCUUCUCCUCCAGGAGCUCGCUUGCUCCACUUAUCUGGUCCCUGGCGCCUACACUAACGGCUCCCGGGAUGCGGAGGGCCAGUGCGUGUGUAACGUCUAUCUGCCGGACCCCGUCUUCCCGGCCAACACGGUGGAGCAGCUGCAGCUCAGCACCCAGACGAUUGCCACGGCCGUCACGGUGGAGUCACAGAAGGUGGCAGAGAACCACGCCACGCUGGUGCGCUACACAGCGCUGCUGCGGAACCUGACGGUGCGCGUGGAGCGAAUGGAGCAGGGCCAUGACCGCUACACAGAGCUGGACUUUGAGUUGCUGCGGGUGGAGAUCCGGGGGAUGGAGCAGCUGGUGCAGCAACUGAAGCUGGAGGUCUCCAGCGCCACGCUCGAUCGUCUCCACCUCUCGAUCCAGAACGUCAGCGUGGUGGUGAACACGCUGGAGAGCUACGACAGGAACAACGUGCUGCUCAUCCGACGCCAGGUGGACACUCUGCGCAAGCAGCUGCAGGACUGCCAAGAGGAGGCCUCUAAUGCUGGCCAGCCCCCCGGCAGCAAUCCUGGCCAGCAGCCCCCCAUAGGCUCAUGCGUGCACGGUGGCUUGCAGAACGUCAGCGCACCAUAUAUUCACAUUCUGAACAUGCAAGGUGCAGCGUUCCAAUAUGGUGCAUUUGGGAAAGAUCCACUCCCACUGAAGGGACGUGAGGAUGUGUACUGGGUGAUAACCAGCAAUCAGGUUUACUUUACUGUGAUUCAGAUGUUUGCUAACUACCGGGCACUGCAGACGUAUGUGCAGAUGGAACAAAAGACCCUUUCUUGUGGAUCUGAUUGUGGUUAUGGAAUGGAUGCAGUGAUGUACAAAAAUCACAUGUUUUACAGAUGCUCUACUGGUGUCUCUAUUUGCAAAUAUAACCUGACAGCCUCCACUAUUACCAGAGUAAAUCUCCCCCAAGCGUCAGGAAGCAAUUUGUAUCCUUACCUGGGCUCUACCUAUACUGAUAUGGAUUUCUCUGUGGAUGAACAAGGUCUGUGGGUCAUUUACUCUGUUGAUGGGAAGUUGUCCCUUGCUUUACUUAAUGAUACUUCCCUUGCUGUUAUCAGCAGCUGGACCACCACGCAGUACAAACCCUCAGUUAGCAAUGGCUUCGUGGUGUGUGGAGUCCUGUACCUCACGCGCACUUCUAGCCUUAAAACUGAAGAGAUCUACUUUGCAUUUGACACAAAAACUAACCAAGAGAGGUUAAUGAGCAUCGUGAUUUCGAAGCCCUUGGAAAAGAUGAGCAGCCUUAACUACAACCCAGCUGAUCACAAGCUGUACAUGUAUAAUCAGGGAUAUUUGGUUACUUAUGAUGUGACCUUUAAACCAAUAUAAUUUAUAACAAUUCGUAGUUCCUUAGGGCUUUCAUUGUAUGAGAGCUUCAACAAUUCAAUCUAUAGGUUAUUAUUGAUAGUUGCCAGGGCAUAUACUGCACCGUGUAAUAUUUAAAAUGAGCGUGCAUCGGUUAUUUGUUUACUCCAUUUCAAAUAGAUGAUGCUGCAUGAUUUGUAGACCUAGACACACUCCAGGUGUGAAAUACAUAGAAAUUAUAUAAAACAAACGUUAUGCUCCAAUUAUGACAAGCCAAUGCAUGGAUGCUGUGAAUGUGGCCAUCGGUGUUUAUUCAGUUCAGUAUUUGGUGUUGUUAUCGUCAUUUAAACAGCAAUAAAGAAACAAAUACUUUCGCAACUCGGGAGUUGGUCACCAA